UCCUGGAAGUUCCACUUCCAUCCUGAGCCAGUGGUUUAGACAAGGAGGUGACAGCGGUCAUCUACGGGAAAUAAAGAUGGCGGUCGCCAAAUAAACAGAACUAUUUUGAGAACAAAAAUAUUUACAGCUUAAAAUUAAAAAUGCUGAUAGGAAAAUCUUUUACUUGCUAUACUAAAACAGAUAAAGACCCUGUUUCUAUUCUCCUGGAAUGCAAACACCGUACGGAAACAUUGUUGUUUGAGAGUGGAGCCAUAGCCCAACUUUCUCAGUUGGAGACAGAGACAAUAAAGAAAAACUAUACAAAAGUCGUGGACGCGUAUGGUUGUCUUGGAGUAUUGAAAAUCAAUCUUGAUGAGGAAGAAACAAUUUAUUUCCUAGUUCUUGUGACAGGCUGUACUUCUGUUGGCAAGAUCCAGGAGAGUGAAAUUUUCAAGAUAAAUGCUACCCAUUUUGUCCCAUUACAAGAAGGACAAGAUGAUGAAAGCAUCACAGAGAUCCGUAAAUUGCUUAAUUCAAGUAACUUUUAUUUUGCUGUGUCUCAAGGUGAACAGUUGCCUCUAGAUCUCAGUCUUAGCGCUCAGAGACAGCAUGAUAAACAGAAAUCUGAUAACCGAUUUAUGUGGAACCGUAGUCUUCAGGUUCAUGUUGAAAAAUUUGGUGUUAAUUGUUCUCACUGGUUGUUGAGUAUAAUGUGUGGUGGUGUAGAAAUCAAGACUGUUUACAUUGGAGCCAAACAAGCAAAGGCUUGCCUAAUUUCCAGGCUGAGCUGCGAGAGGGCUGGCACUAGGUUCUAUGUGAGAGGGACUAAUGAUGAAGGUCAUGUUGCAAACUUUGUAGAAACUGAGCAGUUGAUAGUUCUGGAUCAGACGAUAACAUCUUAUGUACAAACCAGAGGAUCUGUCCCUGUGUUUUGGGAACAACCUGGCCUACAGUUUGGUUCACAUAAAGUUAAGCUGUCCAGAGGUUUUAUUGCAUCAUCACCAGCAUUUGACAGACAUAUUACGGCUUUGAAGUCACUAUAUGGACAGAAUUUGAUAGUAAAUCUGCUUGGAAUCAAAGAGGGAGAAAACACUCUGAGUACUGCUUUCCAGGACCAGCUGAAGGAUUCUGUCCAUGGUCACAAUACACCCAUGAUUUGCUUUGAUUACCAUAGAAUCUGUAAGGGUGGACGGGCAAGCAAACUAGCGGCACUCAAAGACAAAGCUAAGCCAUCGAUGGAUGAAUUUGGAUUGUUCUUUGCUAAAGCAGGAAAAGUAGAAAAACGUCAGAAGGGUGUCAUACGUUCAAAUUGCCUGGACUGCAUCGAUAGGUCUAACAAUGUACAAACAUUCUUUGGAUUUGAGAUGUUAGCGGUCCAGAUGCAGUGUCUUGGUUUGGCUAACAAAGCAUCGAUUGUCGCUAGAUUUGAAGAAGCAUUCAAAGUGAUGUGGCAAAAAAAUGGCGAUAAUAUCAGUAGGAUAUAUAUAGGAACUGGUGCACUUGAUGGUAAAGCAAGGGUUGUCAACAAGCUGCGUGAUGGCGCACGGUCUGUCAAGAGAGCUAUUCGCAGUAACUUCUUAGACGGCAGUAAACAGGAAGCCAUUGAUAUGCUACUGCUAGGCAACACAUUCUCAGGGGAGCUUGGUGAACGUGCACGUGCACUUCUCAAUCCAUCGUUCUUACACUCUUCUCCCAAGAUACUUCGCGAGCUUUGUGACAGACACUUGGAGUACACCACGUGGUCACACAUUAGGGUGUGUGUUGGCACGUGGAAUGUAAAUGGUGGACGUCACUUCCGGUCCAUAGCCCAUAAACACCAAACCAUGCAUGGCUGGUUACUAGACUUCCAUGAGAGUUUACCGGACAGUGGGUAUUCAGAAGUAGAUAAGGUGGACUUUAAACAGCCUACUGAUGUAUAUGCUAUUGGGUUUGAAGAACUGGUUGAUUUAAAUGCUUCAAAUAUUGUCUCCACAAGCUCAACUCAGAGAAAAGAAUGGGGCGAGGAGUUACGGCGAGUAAUAUCACGUGACUUUCCUUACGUCCUGGUCACGUGUGAGCAACUGGUUGGUGUUUGUUUAUACCUGUUUGUUCGUCCUCAUCUCGUGCCCUACAUUAGGGAUGUUGCGGUACAUGCUGUCAAGACAGGAAUGGGUGGUAGUGCUGGUAACAAGGGUGGUGUAGCAAUACGCAUGCUCCUUCAUGCCACCUCUCUCUGCUUCGUCUGUUCUCAUCUGGCGGCUGGACAGUCAGGCGUACAGGACAGGAAUAACGAUUACCAGGACAUCGCAUCAAGAAUAGCAUUCCCGAUGGGUCGUACCAUCAGGUCACAUGACUACGUCUUCUGGUGCGGAGAUUUUAACUAUCGUAUUGAUCAACCAAUUGAUGACGUCAAGUCUUUCAUCAAGCAGAAGAACUGGGAUGCGCUGAUUGAAGGAGAUCAACUGAUAAAACAGAGAAAUGACCAUAAGGUUUUUCGAGGAUACCAUGAAGGAAAGUUGAACUUCGCCCCUACCUACAAAUACGACUUAUUCUCAGACGAUUACGACACAAGUGAAAAAAUGCGCAUCCCAGCCUGGACUGACCGCGUCCUGUGGCGAAGGAGGAAGCCUCGGUACAAGUCAGAAGCGCACGUCAAAAAACAUAUGAUUAAUCGAACCAAUGAACAGACAGGAGACUUAAUGACUAAUGAGGGGGAGGAGGAGCUGGAAGAGGAUGAAGAUGAGGAUGAAGAAGAGGAAAACAGAGAUGUCCAAACAUCAGAAACGGAUGGUCAAAGCUCUACAGACAUUCAUUUUCAUCCUGGUAAAGUACUGUAUUACGGGAAAGCUGAACUCAAGACUUCAGAUCACAGGCCUGUGGUAGCAUUGAUCGAGGUCGAGAUCCAGGAAGUAGAUUUUAAUAAACAGAGUAAGGUACACGAGAGUGUGAUGAUGUCCAUGGGUCCCGCUGAUCCUACUAUUGUAGUAACAUGUGAUGAUCAAGAUGAUGAAGAAGGCAUUGAUAUAGAAGAACUGUUGGAACUGCUAGAAUCCUUUGGGACUGCAGUACUUGUCAGAGUGGUAGAUGAUGAAAUACUCGUGUCGUUUGAUGAUGGUAGAAGUGCUUUAAAAGCAUUACAUCUGGAUGGCAAACAGAUUGCAGGAAAAACAGCACUUAUCCGCCUGAAGUCCGAGAGUCUUUUGUCCAACACCGAUCUAACAAUACAUUCGUUAAUAACAAGUGAUUCGUCUCUCACUGGUGAUUCCGCGGACACAGCUAUUCUCCCUCAACCAAGAGGCCGAGCCCUCUCCGAUCUGUUAUCGAGUACUAGCGAAACCAGUACGAACCUUCCGAUCCUUGAGCCGAUUAAAAUACAAUCAGCCGAAGGAGAUAGUUCGGAAAGUGAAGCCGAGGAAGAUAUUGAUUAUGAUGAAUACAAUAGCGACGAUGAAGAUAAUAAUAUUGAUACGAGACCAGAGGCUGAUAGAGAUAUUGAAGAUGAUGAACCCAGACCUAGGUCCAAACCCCCACGUCCAGCCCAACCAAAGCGUCCUCCGCCACCCAGACCUGCGGCUAAACCCAAACCAACACAGCAUCAAGUUUCAAGAAUCAUCGAGGAACCCGAGCGAGCUGUUUUACCAGAGGACGAUUUUAAGGGCUCACAAGAAACAUUUGAAGAUUUUGAUCCACUGGCAGCAAGAGAUGCAGAGAAGGCAUCAGAAAAACCACGAAGACCUCCCCCACCUAGACGACCUGCCCCGCCCAAGAUCAAACCAAAGGUCACUGAGGUUACGCACACUACUGUAGAUCGUAGCAAACCUGCUAAACAGGCCUCUGGCCCUGGACACGCGGAAAUUGGUAUGCCAUUUAACGUGCAACAUCUUGGUCACGUGAGCGUAGAUAAUAUCGAGGCUUUACUCAUGGCUGCUAAAGACGAUCCCACGCUCUUACCGUCAUUUUUGGCCGCGGAAGAAAAGGCUCUAGGAAGUGAUUCCCAGAAAGUCGAAUCCAAACCAAAACUCGAAAUCAAUUCAAAACCAAAAGAUUUUCUUGAGCCUGUGAAGGAGUCAUCUCAUGUGUCAGCGGUGAACACCAGUCCUGAAACGACACACACGGAGAACCCUCCAGUACCUGCGCGUAGAUCCAGACCAACUCCAAUACCCAGGUCAAGGUCCUUCGCGGAGUCAAAAGAAGCGGUGGACUGGGAGAAAUUCCCAGAACCCACUGCGCAUGCUCCACCGGUUGUUAAACCUAAACCCAAAACCAAACCGAAGCCGUUAAUAACAAAAUCUCAUUCCCAGGCGAUAGAGAAUAAUAGUAGGGAAGUUGACGAUAAAACUGAAGGAAUAAGGCCACCACCUUAUACCUCGCCAUUACCUCCAGCAAGACCUGCUCAGGAAGUUACAAGCUCCAAAGAAACUUUGGAAUCUAAUCUAACAGCUCCGGUACCUCCAGCACGCAGGCGGCAUCUCCCAAAACUCCCACCAACACGACCAGUAUCAGUACCCAAUCUUCCUCAGUAUGUAUCGCAAGAUACUCAGUCUGAUAGACUGGACCCUGAUGAUGGCGCAUGCGCAAAGAAAGCUGGUAGUAUUCAUGAUAUCGACAGGUUUGGUGAAUCAAGUAGGAGUCAGAUUAUCACGAAGAAGGCUGGUCCUCCUCCAGUACCUCCACGAGUAGACUUAGAAUAAUUAAGUGUAAAAACUAACUAUUAGGAUUAAUAUUUAUAUUAAUUCAAGUCCAUUUGCUAAUAAUAUUGUUGGUAUUAAAAAAAAAGGUUAAAAGGUUUGUUAAGGACGUUCACGGGCAAAAGGUCCCACGUUGGUUUCAAAUAACAAAAUAAAAAAGGCGGGUCCUCGACUUUGUAUUAGAGAUUAUAAGAGAGUAAAGACGAUUUUAUUACAUUUUUA